AACACUCGGUGGAGAUAUGAACCUUCCCAGUGUCCAGAUCCUGCUGGCAUGGAUUCUCGCUGGAGUGGCUGGCCCGGUAUUCUGCUCAGAAGAUGAGACUCGUCUGGUGAAGAACCUGUUCACUGGCUACAAUAAGGUGGUCCGUCCUGUCAACCACUUCAGUGACGCUGUAGUGGUCACUGUGGGACUGCAGCUAAUACAGCUCAUCAGUGUGGAUGAGGUGAACCAGAUUGUGACCAGUAAUGUCCGUCUCAGACAGCAAUGGCUGGAUGUGAACCUGAACUGGAACCCUGACGACUACGGUGGAAUCAAGAAGAUCAGAGUUCCUUCGACUGACAUAUGGAGGCCUGACCUGGUCCUGUACAACAAUGCUGACGGUGACUUUGCCAUCAUCCAUGAGACCAAAGUCCUGUUGGAGCACACUGGGAUGAUAACAUGGAACCCUCCUGCCAUCUUUAAGAGUUACUGUGAAAUCAUUGUCCUCCAUUUCCCAUUCGACCUGCAGAACUGUAGCAUGAAAUUGGGAACCUGGACAUACGACGGUCUGCUGGUGGUAAUCAACCAAGACAGCGAUCGGCCAGACCUCAGUAACUUCAUGGAGUCAGGUGAAUGGGUAUUGAAGGACUACAGGAGCUGGAAACACUGGGUUUACUACACAUGCUGCCCCGACACGCCGUACCUGGACAUCACUUAUCACUUCCUGAUGCUGCGGCUGCCUCUCUACUUCAUUGUCAACGUCAUCAUCCCCUGCAUGCUGUUCUCUUUUCUCACCGGACUCGUCUUCUACCUGCCCACUGACUCUGGUGAAAAGAUGACUCUGUCCAUCUCUGUCCUGCUGUCUCUCACUGUCUUCUUGCUGGUCAUCGUGGAGCUGAUCCCUUCCACCUCCAGUGCUGUCCCUCUCAUAGGGAAAUACAUGCUGUUCACUAUGGUGUUUGUCAUUGCCUCCAUCAUCAUCACUGUAAUCGUCAUCAAUACGCAUCAUCGCUCCCCCAGCACACACACCAUGCCUAUGUGGGUCCGCAAGGUGUUCAUUGAAACCAUUCCCAACAUGAUGUUCUUCUCAACGAUGAAGCGUCCCAGUCAGGAGAUACAGCAGAAGAGGCUGUUCCCAGCUGACAUGGACAUCUCUGACAUCUCAGGCAAUCCUGCCCCCACCAGUGUCACCUACCAAUCUCCCAUCACUAAAAACCCUGAUGUCCGCAGCGCCAUUGAAGGGGUCAAGUACAUUGCUGAGACGAUGAAGUCAGACGAGGAAUCUAACAAUGCAGCAGAGGAGUGGAAGUUUGUCGCCAUGGUUUUGGACCACAUCCUGCUGUGUGUGUUCAUGGCUGUGUGUAUCAUCGGGACGGUCGGCGUCUUUGCUGGGAGACUCAUCGAGCUCAACACGCUGUAG